AUGGCGUUUGUAUUUUGGUUCACGUUGGAUGGGAAGAGGCUAUGCCGGUUGAUCAGCAACCGAUGCGGACAACGCCGCGCACCCAUCCGGACGGCUUCAAGUCUCAUGUCACGAUGGCUUGGGGCAGCUCUAGGCUUGGUCGCAACGAUCACGGGAGGCUUUUCCAUGCCGGUUGGUCCCUACCUUCCGAUCAAUCCACAAGCGCCCUUACCUCAAUGUCUAUCAUCUGCCGGAAGGCUGUUCUCCCCGAUCUCACAAGGGAGAAAUCAAGAGGCCGACAACAAAAUUCUUGCCGGAUUCCUCAAAAACAAUGGAGGCUAUCUGGACAAUAGUGAGGAGGAGGAGGAGGAGGAUCAAGGGGAAGAGGAACCAACUCAUCCCGCGAUGAAGGCAACAAGCGGAUUCUUCCAAUCGAUUCCACUUCCCUUCGAGCGUCGUAAAUCGAACCAGAACCCAGCGAUCCGAUUCCAACCAACCGAUAUCGUGCCCUCGGCGAACUCAAUCCAAAACAGCUUCCAUUUAUCUGCAACCUCAGACCCUUCACACCAAGUAUGA